AUGAGUAAAGUUGUAAAUCUUGAUGAUAUCCCGGCUCAGUGCCUCGGUGAAACCGGCCCAUUAAGCAACAGACCCCCUACUGAACAGGAAUUAAAGGAUUCCGUUGCUCUCGAGGAGACACUUGCGCAAAUGAACAUAUUUGAAACACAAGAAGAGAUUCAUCAAAGGCGUGAAGCUUUAAUAAAACUGCAAGAGAUCUCAAAUCACUGGAUCUACAAGAAGGCCCUGGAACAAAAUCUUCCUGAACAUAAUGCGAGCUCUACGACGGGGAAAAUUUUCACUUUUGGGUCGUACCGCUUGGGUGUUAACUUCAUAGGUGCUGACAUCGACGCCUUGUUGGUGGUUCCACGAUUUGUUACCAGGGAGGAGUUUUUUACUGACUUUCAAACAGUACUUGCUGAAGAGGAAUCUGUUGAAGAUUUACAGGCUGUACAAGAUGCAUAUGUGCCUCUUUUAAAGAUGAAGUUUAUGGGUGUCGAGAUCGACCUGCUUUUUGCUCAGGUGGACUUGAUGUCAGUGCGAAGUGACUUCAACCUCUCCGAUAAUUCAGAACAAUUACUUCGUAAUAUGGAUGAAAGGGACGUUCGUAGUGUUAACGGAGUUCGCGUCACGGAGGACAUGCUGAAUCUUGUCUACCCAAAAGAUGUUUUUAAAACUGCAUUGAAGGUCAUUCGACUUUGGGCCAAACGAAAAAAUAUCUACUCGAACGCUAUUGGUUUUUUGGGAGGCGUCAGCUGGGCAAUACUAACUUGCCGGAUAUGUCAGCUUUAUCCGUUUGCUCCGCCCUCUACAAUCGUUCAUCUCUUUUUCAUCAUCUACAGUCAGUGGCCAUGGCCGAAGCCAGUUCGACUUCGUGAAUCAGAAUACAUUCCUUCCUUGAAUUUGCCUGUCUGGGACCCAAGGCAUAAUCCCACAGACCAAUACCAUCUUAUGCCAGUCCUAACUCCAAGUUACCCAUCCCAAAAUUCCACCUAUAAUGUUCAAAGGAGUAACCGAAUCAUCAUCGAUCGGGAAAUCAAACAUGGUCUCAGUAUAGUAAAGGAAAUACUUCUCCAGAAGCGUCCUUGGUCUGAUCUCUUCGAGCCGGCCUUCUUUUUCACCUAUCGACACUACGUGGUUGUCAUCGUGACCGGUGAGGAGAAGCGGCCUUUCAAGGAGCGCUGCGGUUUGGUGGAGUCCCGAUUGCGCGUAUUAGUGAGCAGCGCGGAGAACAAUCGCUAUGUAAAGCUUGCACACGUCAACUGCCACUCCUACGGCAAGGGUCCCCUUGAUGGAGAUGUGCCCUUCGUGAAAAAGUGGUUCAUCGGCAUGGAGUUUGAUCGGAAUCCUGCCUCCUCUACUUCGCUCACCAAUCACUCGUCUACUGCCACAGCAGCGGUCGCAGCAUCAGCUACGUCUCAGUCCACUGAUUUAUCAGCUCCACCUGCAAAGCUCAAUAUUGAUUUGAGCGAUGUUAUAAAUUCUUUCGAAGUGGCAAUUGAUCGUGGAAUGUCUGCUGAUGCCAUGACCACAACGGUGACAGUAAAAUACGCCAAAAGGUCUCACCUGUCUCAACUCCUAUCAGCCGAGGACAUGGAGAGUAUUAGGAAACAGUCAGCUGCACACGCAGUUGCUAAUCAUGGUAUAGCGCGCCAUGGUUCCACUCUCAGUCAAAUGUCCUCUAAUUCCCCUCGAAACUCCGAUUCACCAAGUUCCACUAUACCCUCUCCUCAAGUGUCCGGAACCGUCAGCACAUCCUCUCCCCGCCCACCUUUGGCCUCUGACUCCAAUUCCAAAGAGAAGGUCGAUUCCGCAAGUUCCCAUGGCUUCGAAGCCGUCAAUAAACGCCGAUCCUUGGAAGAUAACUCGUCGUCUGCCUCCAACGGACAAUCGAAAAUGGCCAUUGGUGCAGACAACGGUGGUAACGCGGACGGACGAGUUAGAGGGAAUAAGGAGGGCGAUGACGGUGUCGCAGUUCCCUUACCGGCUAAACGCAGCCGUCCCCUUUCCCCUGGCACUAAUGGCUCUACUGCUAAUACCUCCCCAUCACAAACCCAACCUUCCACGCUUUAUAGGGGGGCAUCGUGA